GAGGCGAGCGCGCUCCUGGACGAGCUGGCCUUCGUGGCGAGGCGGCACCGCGAGCGGGUGUUGCCAGGGUACCCCGAGAAUCAAGAGUGGUCUCCCGAGCAGCACCAGGUGGCCGCUUACUUGGCAAGCCUGGAGACAGUGGAGCAGGCGAAGAAAAGGGCAGAGGAGCAGCAACGCGAGGGUGCAGAGCAGGCCACGAGAGAGGCCGAGGCCAGGGCGAAGGAGGAGGCGGAGGAAGCCGAGAAGACUGAAGCUGAGGCCAGACAGCAGAAGGAGGCAGAGGAUAUGGCCAAGAGCGAGGCCGAUGCCAAAGCGCAGAAGGCCUGUGCCAGAGCGCCGAAGACCGGGCCGCUCGCGGCCGCGCGCGCGCUCGUCUUCCCUGGCAGGAGCUCCGGGGCGGCGGUGGAGAGGGUGCCGCAGGAGGCGGCCGAGCAGGAGGCGGACGACGGGGCCGGGAGAGGGGCCGGGGCCGGGGCGGAGGCGGCGGCGGAGAAGGCCGCGAAGGAGGAGGAGGCCGAGGCCGGGCGGCGGGGGGGAGCCGAGGAGCAGGCCGCGGGGCAGGCCGAGGCGCCCGCGGCGGCGCAGGGGGAGCCCGAGGCGGAGGCGGCGCGGG